AUGCCCGUGCUGGCGGCGCUGCUGGUGGCCCUGCUGGCCCUGCUGCCCUGGCCGGGGGCCGGCGCCAGCCCGGCCUUCGGGCCGAAUGUAUACCUCCACGCGGCGGCGCACCCGCUGCACCUGAGCCCCAACUCGCGGACCGUCAGCCACACCGCCCCCGGGGAGCCGUCGCAGGUGAGCGUCCGCUCGGCGGCGACGCUCAUCACGCACCUGCGCCAGGUGGACCCGCUGCACCCGGUGGCCGAGGUCCGGUGGGGGUCCUUCCUGCAGGACAUCGGCCUCCGGUACCACAGCAGCCCGCGGCGCGGCAACCCCGACACCCUGCCGAUCAUGUACCUGCCGCAGGAGGGCCCCGGCCUGAAGCCGGUCCUGGUCGAGUACAGCCCCCUGUGGGUGGCCCUCUUCGACCAGAGCACCGAGCACCCCUUCCCCCAGGCGGACUCCCGGCUGCUGGCCGGGAUCGCGGUGGCCGCCAGCCAGGCCCUCCUGCUCGGGGUGGCCGGCCCGUCGGCCGGGCCGCACGAUGUCUUCCUGGCCAGGCUGUCGGCCGGCGGGCUGGAGGUGCUGCCGGUGCACUUGAUCGAGCCGCUGCUCGGGUCGGUGGUGCUGGCGGCCCCGGGGCCCGGGCCGACCUUCUUCCUGGCCUCCGGCACGUGUGUCAUGCUCCUGCGGCACGACAUGCCGGAGGCCGUGGCCAUCAGCCAAAUGCACAUGUCGGGCCUGGUGUCCCAGAUGCUGGCCUCGCGGAUUGUCUCCUCGGCCGAUGACUGCCCGGCAUCCAGCGACCUGGUCCUGAUGGAGGAUGAGGCCCGGCUGGUGCUGCUGACCUGCUUCCUGACCGACAAGCAGCGGAUCCUGCAGCUGGGCCUGCCGCCGGGCGCGUCGGGCCAGGGCCGGCUGCUCGGGCCCCCGGCCCGGGCCAUGCACGACGCCUUCCCCCGGAUCUUCUAUGUCGAUGCCCCCUCGGCCCCGGGGCCCGGCGCAUCGGGCACCCUCUGGCAGGGGGACAUCGAUGCCCUGGUGGGGGUCACCUGGCGCCGGGUGGUGCCGCCGCGCAGCGUGCCGGACUUCGAGCGGCUGGACCUGCUCCGCCUCCGGACGUCGGGCACCGGCCCCGGCCGGUGGACCCUGGCGGCGGCAAAUGUGGCGCUCUUCGACUCGCAGGCCUUCGGCUGCCAUGCCGACCCGAGCAUCGUGUGCGAUGGGGAUGGUAUGGACAGCGGGCAGCCACGCGGCUGGGCCUGCGCCCCGGGCCAGGCCGAGUCGCCUUUCGUCUCGCCGGACCAGCUGUGUGCCGGCUGCCGCGAGGGGUUCUACCUGGAUCGACCGGUCGGCGAGCCGCCCUUCGCCGACAGCCGCCACACGUGCCGGCCAUGCCGGCAGGCCGACUGCCGGGUAUGCAAUGCACAGCACUGCCUCAUGUGCGCCGAGGGCCUGCUCCUGGAGCCCAGCGGCCCCGAUGGCCAAACCGCAUGCGUGGCCUCCUGCUCGAGUGGCUUCACCCAGGGCACCAAUGCCUGCCACCCGGUGGAUGACAUCCUGCCGCCGGUGUUCCUCUCGCAGCCGGCGGCGGAGCAGCUGCCCGGCCUGCCGGCCGGGGCCCAGGUCACCGGGAUCGGGGAAACCCGGCUGACCCUGGACCCGGGCUCCCAGCUGCCCCGGCUGACGUCCCCCCCGGCCAGGCUGCCCCCCCUCGGCCAGGGGGUCCUGCUGUUUACCAGCACCCACGAAAGCCUGCUGCUGCCGGGCCAGCACAUCGGCAACCCGUACAAGCCGGCCCUGCGGCCGAUGCACCUCCUCCGGGACCCGCUCCCGCACGCGGUCACCGCCAUGAUCGAGGUGGGCCCCUUCUGGCAUGAGGGCAUGCUGCUCGCGGGCCAGGUCCUGUGCAACGCGGGCGGCACCAUCAGCGAGGUGUGGCUCGAGUGCACCCCCCCGGCCGGGGAGCCGCUCUCCUGCCUUGUGCCCGGGCCGGCAUCGGCGAAGGCCCUCAACACCGACCGGUGUCGGGACCUCCGCCGGCUGGACGCCCAGCAUGUGGCCAUCAGCCUCGACGGGGCAUCGGUGAUGCUGCUCCGCGCGGCGCCGGAGCUCCGACGCUUUGAGGUCACCUGGCACAGCGCCAAUGCCAUGGUCCUGCUGCCGGGCAUGGCGGCCGGCCGGUCGAGCAUCCCCGGCCCGGCCGGCGACUGGAUGAUCCUGGCCCUGGGCCAGGACCGGACCUCGGCCAUCCUCCGCGCCAUGGACCACACCGACUCGCGCGUGGACAUGUACUCCGGCCGGCUGCUGGCCAAUUACCGGUGGAAUACCGAGGUCUUCCCGGUGCUGCUGCCCUGCGGCGGGGCCCGGGCCCCGGAGCUCUUCCUGGCCCAGACCCUGGACUACCAUUGGCAUGUCCUCCACCUGCCGGGGGACAUGCUGCCAUCCGGCCGGUCGGCCAACCUGCUGGCCACCCGGCUGGACCUCGGCCGGAUCCCCUACGACCUGGGGCCCGGCCUGGCGGAGGCCCGGUUCCAGGCCCUGCCCCUGGAGGCCACCGGCCCGGAGUACCCGAGCGCCCUGCUGAUGAUGACGGGCCAUGUGCUCGGGGUGUCGCUGCUCCGGUGCACCGGCGGCCCGGCCGGCCCGUGCACCCUGCUGCCGGCCAUCUUCCGUCUGCUGCCGGAGCACCUGCGCCUGGCGCCCGGCGACCAGCUCUGGCAGCAGGCCGUGGCCCGGGCCUCCGGCCGGGACUCGCUGCACGACGACCCGGGCACCGCCAUGGCCAUGGUCUUCCUGUCGCCGACGGCGGGCCUGGUGGAGUUUUCCCUGGCCGGCAACUGCCUCCACGGCACGUAUGGCCUGGAGUGCCGGGCCUGCGACCCGGUGUGCCUCGGCUGCUAUGACUCCGGCCCGCACAGCUGCACCAUGUGCCGGGCGCGCAUGCCCGAGGCGCCGGACGUCUGCCUGUCGGCCUGCCCGGCGGGCCUGCACCGCGACUCCAGCAGCAUGUGCGGCUGCCACUCCAGCUGCCAAGCGUGCGGCUUCCAGCCCGAGCACGGGGCCUACCUGUGCUCCCGCUGCCGGGCCGGCUUCGCCCGGGACCCGGGCCAGCCGGCCUCCGACCGGUGCCACCCCUGCCACGAGUCCUGUGCCGCAUGCGUGGUCCCCGGGGACAUGGGGGCCUGCACCAGCUGCCCGGCCGGGCGGUGGCUUUUUUACGGGACCUGCGGCCUGGCCUGCCCGGAAGGCACCUGGCCGGAUCCCGCCUCGCGGCAGUGUGUCCCCUGCCCGGCCAAUUGCCAGGCGUGCAGCCAGGACAACUCGUGUGCCGCCUGUCGGCAGGGCUUCUUCCGGCACUCCGAUGCGGGCCUGUGCCAGGCGUGCCAUCCAUCGUGCGCCGCCUGCGACAAUGCCACCAGCUGCGCCGCCUGCCGGCCGGGGCUGGUCUUCCUGGCCACCGAUGCCGGGCAGGCCUCCCUCCCCUGCGGGUCUCGCUGCGCCAGCUGCCCCGACCAGCCGGCCACCUGCGCCCUGUGCGAGCGGGGCUGGCUGCUGGCCAGCCCGGACUGCGUGGCCGAGUGCCCGGCCGGGAGCUCGUCCCUGGGCGGGCUGUGCUCCGCGUGCCAUGGCACCUGCGCGACAUGCCACGGCCCGGGGCCGGAGCACUGCCUCACCUGCAAGCCGGACACCCCGCUGUCCAUGAAUGGGCGCUGCUACGCCGCCUGCCCGGAUGGCACCUUCCAGCUGAAUGGCUCCUGCGCGCCGUGCAGCGCCUUCUGCGGCACAUGCACCGGGCCCGGCAGCACGCAAUGCACCGGCUGCCCCGAAGGCCGGGUCGUGUAUGACGGCGCCUGCCUGGGCGCCUGCCCGGGGGGCUUCUAUGCCGAGGCCGGGGCCUGCCAUCGGUGCCAGGCGCCGUGCACCACGUGUGCCGGCCCGGGCGCCUGCACCGGCUGCCGGCCCGGGGACUUCCUCGACCCUGCCGGGGGCUGCGGCGCAGACUGCCCGGCCGGCUGGCACGGGUGCCCCUCCUCCGGGCGGUGUAUGGCCUGCGGCGGGAAUUGCGCCGCCUGCCAGACGGUGGGCGCCGACUGCGCGGCCCGGUGCUCCGCCUGCGAGGGCGGCCAUGUCCUUUCGGAUGGCCGCUGCCACCGGGCCUGCCCGGCCGGGGAGUAUGCGCCCGAGGGGUCGGGCUCGUGCCAUGCGUGCGAUGUGUCCUGCACGACGUGCGCCCAGCGCGCGGACCGGUGCACCGGCUGCCCGGCCGGGGUGCUGGUCGUGGACACCGGGCUGUGUGUCGGCUCGUGCCCGGGCCACACCGCGCCCUUUGAGGGGGUGUGCCUGAGCUGCGCCGCCGGGUGCGACCGGUGUGCGGCCGGCCGGGCGCAGGCCGGGUGCGAGGUCCAGGCCGAUGGGCAGCUCCUCUGUCCGGAGAUGCAGCGGUGCCUGGCCUGCGAGCCCGGGCUCCUCCUGCUGGACGGUGCCCUUUGCGUGGGCGAGUGCCCGCGCGGGACCUUCGCCGCCGACGCCGACGCGGCCGUCCCGGCGUGCGAGCACUGCCACGCGAAGUGCGCGACCUGUCACGGCCCCGGCCCGAGGGAUUGCACGCAAUCCCCGGGCUCGCCCAGCUCGCGCGUCGGCCUGGCCGUGGGCCUAUCCAUGGGGCUGGUCCUGCUGCUGGGCCUGGUGAUCGUGGCGGUGGUCUUCCUUGUGCGCCAUCGCCAGCGGCCCGGGCCCGCGGCCCCGAAGGACCUGGACGCCGAGGACGCCACCAUGCUGAACACCAUCGUGGAGCUGGCCCUGCCCGGGGCCAUCCUGGUCGCGCCGACCGGUCGUCGGUCCUCAUCAGCACCAUGCCCGAGCUGA